UUUUUUUUUUUUUGUAUAAAUGGGAAGUUCACAAAUUUGUAAUAUUAAUGUUUUCGUUUAUUGUUGAUUUUUAUUUCGUUUUUUUUUUUAAAUUUUUAUUCCAGUGCAAUAAAUUUAAUUUACAAUGAAUAAGUUUUAGGUUAUAUGUUAAAAAUAUAAUUUUAUAUCUAUACAAAUUUAAAAUAUUUAUUAAAAAUGUCUGAUAUUUUCAAAUCCGCUCUAGACUACUUUAGUAGUAGUUUCUCUGCUGAAGAUAAUGAUUAUGUGGGUUCUAAUGUAGAAUUGGGUAAUGUCAAGUUAAAGAUUAAAAGACUUGUUGCUGAAGGUAUGAACUAAAUUUGUUCAACAGCUGUAAGCUGAUCAUAUACAAUUAAUUUAUAUUCAACACUAUUUAGGUGGAUCUGGUAUGGUAUAUGUUGCUCAAGCUCAAGAUACCGGAAAAGAAUAUGCAUUAAAGGUGAUAUAAUGGUCUACUUAUGUACUUUCAAAUUUAUGUAUUCAUAUAAUGAUACGUGUACUAACUCGUGGGGGGGGCGGUUUUAAAAAUAAUAUGUAAUUACUAAAUAUUCAUAUUUGCCAGUAAAAUUAUAUUCUUGAUUUGUGAUUUUUUCAAAACUCAUUAUUAUGUAGCAGUUAAAUAAUACUAGUUUUUCAUUUUUUUAUAGAAAAUGCUUGUAUCACCGGAUACUGCUGAUACAACUAUUCUAAAUGAAAUUGAUGUACUUGUAAGUAAUUAUAUCAACUUUCUUUAGUCAAAUGUAUAUUUGUAAUAUACAUAUGAUGUAAUAUGUUUAUUUAAACUUGAUACAUAAUUUUAACUGUAUAGAAAAAACUAUGUGGUCAUCCAAAUAUAAUACAUUUCAUGUCAGCUGCAUUUACUAAUAAAAUCGAUUCACCUCAUGGAUUAAAUGAAUAUCUUAUUCUAACAGAAUUUUGUACAGGUUAGUAUAUAUUAUACAGCUUUUUAAACAUCAUUAGUAAACUAUAUUAUUAUUUUGUUAAGGGGGUAAUGUUGCUGACUUAUUAGCUGCUAGAGGGAAACCUCUAAACCAAAAUAUUGUUACUUCAGUAUUUUAUCAAAUGUGUUCAGCCACACGUCAUAUGCACUGUCAUAGUCCACCUAUCAUCCAUAGAGAUUUAAAGGUUUGUGUAAUUUAUACAUAUAAUUGUAAUUAUCUUUAUACAUUCUGAACUAUAAUAAAUAGAUUGAAAACUUCUUGAUCAGUGAUGAUGGUAAAAUUAAAUUAUGUGAUUUUGGAAGUUGUACAACAAAAGUUUACAAGCCAGAUGAAAAUUGGACAUCACAGCAAAGAGCGCUUUUGGAAGAUAAAGUAAUAAUACUCAAUAUUAAAUACACGUAUUAACUAUAUUUAGAAAAUUAAUUUUUGUUAACAGUUUUAUAAAUCUUAAUUGGGUAAUAAAUUAAAACAAAUAUUUCAUAAUAAAAAAAAAAAGUAUUUUCAAUAUUUAACUAUAAGUAAAAAUAUGGUACCUAAAUAUUAAUACGUAAUUUCUAAUUACUAUACAAAAUAAUGUUCGUGUUUAAUUACAAUUUUUUUUAUUAGCUUAAUCAAUGUACAACUCCAAUGUAUCGGGCCCCGGAAAUGAUUGAUACUUGGUCUAAUCAUGAAAUUGGUACCGCUGUCGAUGUGUGGGCUUUAGGUUGUGUUUGUUAUGCUCUAUGUUGUAAUCGACAUCCAUUCGAGGAUUCUAAUAAAUUAGCAAUAUUAAAUGCAAGGUUUUCAUUUUCACCAAUAGAAAGCACUUAUUCAGAUUUCAUUCCUAUUAUAAGUAUGUAUAUUUUAUUUAAAUAAAUUUAAAAAUAUGUAUUAUUUUCAUAUAAUAUUUUUAGAGGGAUGUUUACAACCAGACCCUUCUUUAAGGAUGUCAGUAUUUGAAACCUUAAAACUUAUUGAACAAAUCAAAGAAAUAUAUAAAGUGAGUAUUGAGCCACUAGAUAUCAACAAAUUGAAAUCCGAAGGAAACCCUAUAGAACAUAAUGUAGGAUCUAAUGUUCCAAGUGUUCCUCAACAACCAGCAGUAACAAAGUAACUAAUAUUUAAUGUUUAAACUUUCAACUGCUUCUGUAUUAUUGAAAUAUAAAUAAUAUUUAUGUAUAUAUUAUUUUCAGACAAGCAUCAGUAUCAGUUCCUAAUUCGGGCCUAUUCUCUCAGAUACGAGGUGGAGCUGGAAAUUUUUUAAAAAAUCUAAAAGACACAUCUAACAGAGUAAUGCAAACAGUUCAGUCGUAAGUUACCCACAAUCGUUAUAAUAGAGUUAUUAGAAAGUCGAUUCUAUUUAGUAUUUGUUAAUACUUUAAAUUUAAAUCUUAAAACUAUUGUUAUAGCCUUAAUAAAGUAUAUAGAGUACUCGAUACUAGCUCAAGUAGAUUUAAUUAAAAAACAGGAUAAAAUUACAUUUAUAUACCACAUCUAUUGAAUAUUCCCUGAAAUCAGAGAUUAUUACUCUGUAGUCUAUAUUGUGUUUUUUUUAUAUAAUAUAUAUAUAUUUAUCCCACUACUUAUAGAUACUAUAGACACUAUAGCAGUUAUCUUUGGACAAAAUGAGCUCUAACCUUAGGUUAAAGUUAUUGUAUAAACAAAUUGAAAUAACAAAAGUUAGUUGAAUUUUACCAUGUUAUUGCAAUAAGAGAAUAUAUUUUUAACUCUGAACAGGCCUACCAUAUAAAGUUAGAAGAAUGGAAUUUAUGUAUUUAUGGCGUUAGAAUGUGCCUUUUGAAUGUUUUUAUUUUUUACUUUUAACCUCUACCCCUAUCAUUUCAAUGUAAAUUUCACCAUUUUUUUUUUAGAAGUAGUAUAGUAUUCGGUUAUUUAAUGUUUUGCAGAGUAUUUCUAAAAUAGAAAAUUGGGAGGAGGAGGGGAAUUUGAUUCUAGUGAGACGUAGCUGCUCACUGAUUUUUUUAUUUUUUCUUAAUUAUAUUUAUAAUAUAAAUUUACUUAAUUGUUAUUAAAUUAUAGAUCUGUCAAUGUAAAAGCUGGUAUUGAUAUGGUAUUUAUAACUUCCAAACUAGCUAUAUUGAAUGUUCCUCAAGAUGCAAAUGCUGAAAACCUUGCUUCAUUUAUAGACUCCAAACAAUGUCGUUUGUAUAACAUGACUGGACAAUCAUAUCCUCGUAUCAUUGGACGUUCAGUUGUAUGUUAAUUUUUAUUUAGUAUUAUUUAUUUACUAUCCCUAAUGGUUUCUAUUUUUAUUUUUAUUUUAGGUAAUAGAAGUUCACUCAAAAACAAAUACAUGUCCCACUUUACAUGAAAUAUAUGCUAUUUGUGAUGAUAUGUAUAAUUUUAUGAUUCAAAGUCCCACAAAUAUUUGUGUCAUAGUUCAAACAAAUGUAAUAUUUUUAUUUCAUUUAAUUUUACAAGUAUUUUUAUUUAAUUUUUUUUGGUUUAGGAAUACUCCGGUACUUCUACCUUAAUAGUUUGUGCAUUUUUAUUACAUAUAAAUGCAUCAGAUACUACUGAUAAUGUUUGUACAAUAUAUGCUGUUAAAAAGUCUGCACCUGUUCUACAGCCAUCAGAGAUUAGGUGAUUUACAAAAUCAACUGUAUAUUAUUUACUAAAUACUUUAUUAAUGUAAUUUUAUUAAAAUGGGUAUUCCAAUAGGUAUUUAAAUUAUGUGGCAAAUGAACAAACAUAUAACAUUGAUUCAAUAAAUUUAAGAAGACUCAUUAUGGAACCUGUUCCUCUUUUUAAUAAAAAUCGGUAAGAAACUUUUAUUCUUAAUACAUACAUAUUUAUUUAUGUGUAUAAAUAAGUUUGAACAGAAAACAAAAUAAAAUAAAUAUUAUUUUCUUUAAAGCACACUAUGAGAGGUUUUGAGAUAAAUUUACUUUAGCCGAAAUUCCCCAAAACUAUACUAUUUGGAAAUAGUUAAGGCAAAAGCCAUACAAAUUUAGUUUUUAAUAAAAAAAAAAAAAAAAUUAAAACUUUAUUAGAAGCUUUUUGAACCAACAAAUUAUUAUUUAUUUUUUUCACUUUUAACAGUACAUUAUAUUAAAUAUAUUGUCUGUAAGUAAUUAUUUAUUAAUAUUUUUAAAAAAAAAAUGUUGUAAAUCUAGUUAUUAAGCAUGUAAAACCUAGAUUCUUAGUUGAUAUAAAUUAACUUAGUUUUUGUGUAAAUUCCACCAAUAGUUUACACAAUUUUGAGGAUUAUCAUUAAUUUGACAAUAUUAUUAUGAGUGCAGACUUUGAGAAAAACAACUUUUGUUAAAUCAAAUAACUAUUUCUAUAUUGAUUUUAUUUUAAUAUUUAAUUUGUGUAAUUAUUUAAGAGAUGGCUGUCGUCCUUUUAUAGAAAUUUAUGAAGGGUAUAAUAAAGUUUUAACUACUGAACAAGAAUAUGAACGAUUACCGUCAUAUGAUAUUUCCAAUGGAAAGGUAAUUUCAUUGUAUAAUAUAUUGUAUAGGUCUAAAAAAAAUUUUUUUAAACUUUUUUUAGAUAUCAAUAUCUUUGAAAUCAUUACCUGCCGGAGUCCGAAAUGAUAUCACACUUAUUGCAUACCAUUCGAGACAACUUCUUGGACGUUCAGUACCUAUUAAAAUAUUUCAAUUACAGUUUCAUUCUGAUUUCCUUAUGUUUCCUGAUGGUGAUGAUAUUAUAAUGGAUUUUAAAAAGUUAGUAUGUUUUUCUAUAACUUCAUAAAUAAAAUUUAAAUCAAGGAAAAUAAUAUUAAAAGUGUUAUUUUUGUAUCCUAGAGGUGAUUUAGAUUUUUUAUCAAGUUCUGAGCAUUAUCAGAGUAAUCAAUUCCAUGUAAAAAUUGAAAUAGAACAGCAUAAGAAUGGAAUCUCUUUACAACAAAAAUCUAGAGAUUUUAAUAAAAAACCUGAUGUAUUAUUCUCGACGGAAUGUGAAAAAACUCAAUUCUAUGAUUUGUUUCCACAGAAUUGUAAAACGUCACCAAUUAUUGAACCAAAAGUAUUAUAUUAUUUCCAAUUGUUAUGAAAAUUAUUAUAAUUUAAAUAAUUUAUAUUUCUAGGAACCGGUAAAAAUUCCUACUCGAGUAGCUCCCCCAAGACCAGAACUGCCUCCAAAAAUUGAAGUCAAAUCAAAUAAACCGAAUGAAGGUUUAUUAUUAAAUUUUGCAUCAAUUUCAAUGGAAGAUGAAACAAUCACAGCAAAAAAGGAUAAUUUAUUUGAUUUAUUAGGACCUGAAACUGAUAAUACUGAAUCUAAAGACCUUUUUGGGGGAUUUGUUGAUGUAACAAGUGAAGAUAAUAAUAUUUUAUUUGAUCCAUUUGUUUCUAAAACUAAUUCAAAUGUAAGUAUCAAAAACCAAUUAUAAUUUGAAAUAAUUAAAAAUAAUUUUCAAUUUUUUUACUAAAUUAGGGUGGCGAUUUAUUAAAUUUGAAUAAUUUGAUUGAACCUAAUUCACAAAAAACAGAUAAUUCUUGGCUAAAGCAAUCUGUUCCAUUAAACAUUAACAAACCUAAUGGUGAGUAAUCAUUUUUUUGAAAUAUUUAUUAAACAAUAGAUAUAUACUAAUAUUUGUUAUCCAAUUUAGCAAUGAAUGAUAAUAACAUUUUGAAUGGUAGUUUCACUUCUACAAAAUCUAAUGUGGCAGAUUUUGAUUUUUUGAAAAAUGACAGUUGGAUGAAUUUUACAAGUCAUUCUCAAACAAGUAAUGUUUUUUCUUUUGGCAAACCUAAUUAUUAUUUGAAUAUUUUUUUAACUUUAGACAGCCCUACGAAAAAUGUUAAAACACCAGCAGAACCUAACUAUAGUGGUAUUAACAUUGAGCCAGAGACAACUAAACAACCUACAAAAACUGGUGGAGAUAUAUUUGGAGAUUUGUUGGGAAGCCAAGGAUAUACAUUUAGUUCAAAAUUUAAUCCUGGUCCAAAAACAAUAAACGAAAUGCGCCGAGAAGAUUUGGUUAAAGAAAUUGAUCCAGAAAAACUUAAAGUAAGUACUUACAUAGUAAGAAUUUUAUAAUUCUUAUAAACAUUAUUUUUAUUCACAGAUUAUGGAAUGGACUGAAGGAAAAAAAGGAAAUAUUAGAGCAUUACUUGGCACACUCCAUACAGUGUUAUGGGAUGGCUCUGGAUGGAACUGUAAUCUCAGUAAUCUUGUUACCUAUGCUGAUGUAAAGAAAGCAUAUAGGAAAGCAUGCCUUGCUGUACAUCCUGAUAAAGUAAACACAUUAUUAUUAAUAUAAAAAGAAAAAUUACCAGUAAUAAUUGAUAAUUAACAUUCUUUAUUGUUCCUAGCAAACUGGAACAAGUAAUGAAAAUAUUGCAAAAUUAAUUUUCGUGGAACUGAAUAAUGCUUGGACCGAAUUUGAUGCUAAAUCUAGUUAGUAGAGUUAAUUUCUUUGUAAAUAACUAUUAAAAAUAAUUUAUAUUUAUUAUAUCCAAAUAUUAGUAUAAUUUUUGAGUAUAGGAAUAAUGUAUUUGUUCUUCCUGUUUUUGAAAUUUGUAAUUGUAUUUUAUAGGUCAUUUUUUUUUUAUUUAUUAAUUCAUUAUUGUAUUAAAUAAUAGUAAUGAUAAAAGUAUAAAUUAAAAAAAAUGACUAGUAUUUUAAACCAUAUCUUUUUUUGCUAACCUUGUGUCUAGUCUACAGUUUGAUAAAAAAUAUAUUAUAAUAAUUUAUUAAAUUAAUAUGGAAUUAACAGUUCUGGUCACAUUUACAUGACAAAAUAGUAAAAUCAUGAGUUUAAGUAAUAAAAACAAAAUUGAUUGUACAUUUUUAAUUAUUAUUAUAUAUUUGUUUAAGCUUAUCUCGAAGUGUAUACGUUAUUAUUCAUAGUUUACUUCUAAAAGUAUACUCAAAAUUUAUGUUAAUAGUUAAUUUAUAGUUUUAUUACAUUCCCUGUUUAAAUGGAAAUAUAAAAAAUGUAUUAGUUUAUUACAUAUAUUUAUUUAUUAAUCCAUUUUUUUAAAAAAAAAAAAAAACAUGUUAUUUCUCCCUUCUAAUUAUUGUUAUAAAAUAUUGAUUGUACUAUUAAAAAGAAAUUAUUAUUUAAUACUCAUUUUAUCCUUGUUACUAUAUUAUAAUUAAAUGUUAAAU